CGGCGCGAGAGGUGAACGGAGGAAGGUUGCACUUCUGAUCUUGGCUGUGGUGAGUUAUCGCAAGAGCAAACGAAAGGUAUGAAGAGCGCAGCAUCAGCACCGUGGCGCCUAGCGGAGGUGGCGUUGACAGUGUUUGCUGCUGCUGUUUCAGCUGCUUCUGCCACGCCUCCAGCAUCUUCCAUCAAGUCUCUGCUGGGGUCUUCUCUGGGAUCGGAAUCAGUGAACCAUGCCCUAGACUGGGACAUGAAUAGUACUAACAGAAGAAGCGAUGUUGCAAAUCGACCCCGGGUUAAGCGGCAGUUUAUAACCUUCCCACAACAUGCAUACGUGAAUUUCUACUUUAAACUGCUCGUGCCCUACUGGACCUUCCCUAGAGUCCAGACCAUAGGAGAUUACCGGUUCGAGAUUUACUAUGUGCUUCCUGACGAACUUCUGAGGCUCCACCACAAGCGCUCCCUGGCCAACGAUCGUUCCGCCAUCUACAGCCUCUUGGAGGACUUCUUCUCCAAAGCGGGGCUGGACGGGGAGGCGUGUGUGCUGAGAGCCGUGUGCGAGGUCGGAGAAGCACCCUUGGAAGAAUACGGUAUCUUCGGGGAGAUCAUCAACCUUGUCUUCGCGCCAAGUUUUCAGGGCGAUACCGAUCAAAGAGAUUACAUCCAGGCAGAAGAAUAUGGAAGAAGCUACGGCAACUGCUGGUCUGCCUUUCCAGACUGUCCGAUGUCCAUGAGGGAAGUUCUCCAUGAAUUUUUCCUCAACAAUGGCAAAGUUCCUUCAGAAAACGGACCAUAAGUAAUGGUCUCUAUCUGUGCUGCUAACCAUAUAAUUCUGGAGGACGUCCUUCCCAAACGAAGGUGACCAACACGUAAAAUGACGAAAAAAUCUACUCUGCUUCAUGGUUUAUCUCAGGAAAGGUUUUGUUUUUACAGAUGCAUUUAUUAUGUACCCCGCAGAGCAGUAGUCAGCGCUGCUAGCUCACAACCAUAUGGUUCCGGUUAAUACAAAAUAAUUAUUGCAGAAUAAUAUACUGUUAAUUAAAGAUUACCGAUAUUUAGAAUACAGAGGUAAAAUUUAAUAACGUUCAGAACCUUGGAAAUAUAAGAACAUAAGAACAAAGGCAACUGCAGAAGGCCUAUUGACCCAUACGAGGCAGCUCCUAUCUAUAACCUAUAACCUAUCUAUAUGUUAAUAGUAUUUCAUUUCAAGCAUACGUCACUAAAAUAAAUAUUUUGAUUUA